AGCAACAAAAAACAGAGCAUCUGUAUAUUAUACUGAUUUAAGACAUUGCUUGAAAUAAUGCUGUGUACAGCUGCAUAUCGAUACACAGGCCCGCCCGCAAUCGAUUGCUUCUGUUUAAAUCAAGUCAAAAGGCCAAUUAAUAUUAGUUUGGCUGCUGCAAUGGCUACAACGGUGGCGUCCGAGGGCUUUGGGGACAUUGUGUCCCACUAUCUGGACAAAGGAAUAGUGCUUAUAAUUGCUGAUCUGCUGAGUUUAAUAACGGUCUCCUCCUGCCUGGUCAUCAAAGUGCCGCAAAUAAACACAAUACGCGAAAACCAAUCGUCUAAAGGCAUCAGCAUCCUUGGCCUGUGCCUGGAACUGUUCAGCUAUACCGUUAUGAUGUCCUACAAUUAUAGCGCAGGCUAUGAUUUUCUAUCCUACAUGGAGUAUCCUGUGCUGCUGCUGCAGGAAUAUGUGCUCAUCUACUAUGUCUUCAAAUAUCAGGAUAUGCUGGGCAAGCGUACACAAAUCUUUGCCGUCUUCUACGUGACCAUUGCAACGCUUAUCUAUCUAAAGCUCUUUCCCAUUAUCGUCCUAACGUUCCUGGUGCCCUUCUGCACGCCCAUUGGAGCCACCAGCAAGGUGCUGCAGCUUUUGGCCAUAUUGCGCACAAAGGAUGCCAGCUCCGUGAGCCGCACCACGUGGGCCCUGUCCGCCUUCACAAACAUGACCCGUAUCUAUACGGUUUUUGUGCAGUCGCAAGAUUGGAUACUGCUCUCGAAUUUCCUGAUAUCCACGUGCCUCAGCUCGAGCGUGUUUGCCGCCGCCUGCGUUUACAAGCAGAAGACGAAGACAGCUUGAAAUCCUUGGCCAGGCCGAGAAAAUACUCAAAAGACACGCGCCAACAGUUACAUCAGUCGUUUAUGGUUAUGUAGAUUCUAAUAUAAAUUCAAAUAUCA